GUCUUUUUCAAAUGCCUAACGGAGUAGCAGAGCAAAUCUCCGUCCUCGGCUCCCACGUCAAGAGCCGAAGGUUUGAUCAAGGAACUCUGCGGCUUCUUGAAUUCAUCUUGGUUUCCAACGAUGUGAAAUCAUCCUUGGAAGUUCGAUCGAGCUUGCGAGAGUUCAUGAGCUCUGAAUGUCUACGAGUUGUUCGUGAAAUUGCUGAGAAAACUGUCGACGAGAAGCUUUUAAUUAUCGAUUUCUUUGUUCGUGCUUUUGCUCUCGCAGGCGAUGUCGAGAGUUGCUUGGCUUUAAGAUACGAGGCCUUGGCUUUGCGGGAACUCAAUUCUACACGUUAUAACGGCCUACAAGUUUCAUAUAGGGAAUGGCUUACAUUUGCUGAGCAUUCCCUGGAUAAAGGUUACUAUUCUAUCACUAGGAAGGCAUGUGAAAAGGCACUAUCAUGCAUUCAUGUGAAUGAUAGUGUAGAUGCUGAAACAGAUGGCAGUUCAGAAAACACGCAAGUUACUGAAAAAAUCAAGAGAUUAAUGGAUGUUGCUGUGGCAUCAUCUGCUUCACGUUCUGUUCAGGCACAGGCAGCAGACUACUUGAGAAAGAGAGAAAUUGGCGGCAGCAGCAGCCUAAGGAGCUCUUCUCUUGGCCAACACGCAGUGUGCUCGGCAAGCACUCUGUUCAGAAACGGAAUUAAGAAGCGAAAUGCGCAAAAACUGCAUCUCAGCAAAUCUCACUGCAGCGGUCCCAGGUAGGAUGGGUUAUGCAUAUGGUCAUAUUUUGAGGCUAUGAGAUUUACUUUCCUCGUGCAUCCUACUAAGAAAAAACAAAUGUGAUGAAAAACGACACCACUGAAGGUAUUAGCACGCCUCGUUUGCAAAUCUCUUCACGUGGAUCACACUUUUGUUUGUCUUGAGCUAGGCCAAUAGUCACAAGGUCAACUUUCUUA